GUCAACAAUUUGCUAUAGUGCGAAAUUUCGUUUCUCCUUCCUAAAUUUCCACAAAAUUCAGGAAGACUAAUCCAUAUAAAAAUUAAAAAAAACGUAGUUCAAGUCUUCCACCUGACCAGAAGACAAUCUGAGGUGGUAUUGAAGAUUUAACUUAAUGGAUCCACAGAUUGUUGUAAACAUAAAUAACUUAAUCUCAGCAGAUAAUGGUCUGAAGCUUCUGAGAGAAUCAGCUGGAUCAGAGUCAUGUUGCAACGUGAGAAUCCCACAGAGCCUAGCUCGAAUCAACCUCAAAGCUUACGAACCCAAGAUUGUCUCCAUUGGUCCUUACCAUCACGGCAAAGACCAUCUCAAAAUGACUCAGCAGCACAAACGCCGCUUCUUGAAGUUUUUCGUGGCUAAAAUGGAAGAAAAGGGUAUUGAUCCUCAAGAAUUGAUCAAAGCUGUAUCAAGUUUGGAAGGAGUUAUAAGAGGUUCUUACUCCGAGGAUCUUGGUUUAGAUUCUCAAAAAUUGGUUGAGAUGAUGGUUCUUGAUGGUUGCUUUAUCCUCACGUUGUUCUUUGUUGUUUCCGGGAAAGUUGUUUACACCAAUCUUGAUGAUCCUAUUUUCAGAAUGCCAUGGAUUUUGCCAUCGAUUCGAGCCGAUCUUCUCCUUUUGGAAAACCAGGUUCCUUUUGUUCUUCUUCAAACUCUAUUCGAAACAUCGAAGUUAGUUACUUGUAGUGGUUUAAACGAAAUCGCCUUUGAAUUCUUUGACUACUCAUUACAAAGACCUGAGACGUUUUGGGCAAAACAUUAUGGUCUUGAAGCAAAACAUCUUCUUGAUUUGAUACGUAAGACUUUUGUUCCCGUUCCGUCUCAAAGAAGCAUCAAAGAUCAUAACUAUCUCACAAUCCUCUGUUGUUCCGAGGAGAAACGACGAAAAUCUAGCCGUAAAUCGUCAUUCAAUGAUCAUGAAUUUCUCGGAUUCGUUCUCUCAGCCAAGAAGCUUCAUCUUCGGGGAAUAAAAUUCAAGCGGAGGAAGAAUACAGACUCAAUCUUAGACAUAACGUACAGUAAUGGUGUGCUUCAUAUUCCUCCGGUAGUCAUGGAUGAUUUUACCGCCUCGGUCUUCUUAAACUGUGUUGCAUUUGAGCAAUUAUAUGCUGAUUCAUCGAACCACAUAACGAGCUACGUAGCUUUCAUGGCUUGUCUUAUAAACGAAGAGAGCGAUGCGGCGUUCCUUACUGAAAGAAGGAUCCUAGAAAACUAUUUUGGAACAGAGGAUGAAGUGUCCCGGUUUUAUAAACGCAUUGGUAAAGACAUUGCUCUCGACUUAGAGAAGAGUUACUUAGCAAAGGUGUUUGAAGGAGUUAACGAGUAUACUUCUAAAGGAUUUCAUGUUCACUGCGCAGAGUUUAUUCACACGCAUUUCGAUAGUCCAUGGACAUUUGCGUCGUCAUUUGCAGCGUUGUUGCUUCUUAUGUUUGCGGCUUUGCAAGUCUUCUUUGCAGCUUAUAGUUAUUUCUGUCCUCCGAAAGGAAAGUGAAAAAUGCUUUGUACACUUAAACUCAUUGAAUGAUUCUAUAAGUUAGUAAAUUAAGUGUUUUGAUUCUUGAAUCUAUAUUUUUUUUGCUA